GGAUUGUCGCACAAGUAGAAGCUUGUCUGCAUUCAGCAGUAGGCAGGUUUGCACAGAAGUCAGUUCUGAUAAAGUCCAGCUUCCGGCCGGGACUUAGGUCAAACAUUUCGGAAGGCAGCGAUGAGAAACUAAUUGGAGGGUGGACAUGCUGAAGUUUGUGGUGUCCCUUUGCCAUGUUGUGAGUGACUGAUCCGGUUGGGAGCGAUCAAACAACAAUGGCUAUGAAAUGGAAAACAGUCGCAUUUCAAGAGCUGUGCAGAUUUGUACCCUUCCUGCUGAGUGUCUGUAUUUACUUUGUGUUGGCACCGCAGUCUUCUUGUCCCCUGUGGGUGAAGGCCUUCUUCAAAUGCUUGCCCAUUUUGUUUCUGUGUACAUACAUUUUGACUCAUGAAAUAAACAUGUACACACACAACAAAGCUCAAAAGCUCCUUGCAGGCCUCCUAUUUUCAGCGGCAGGCGAUAUCUUCCGGACCACUUCUCCACAGCUAUAUCACUUGCAUGGAGAAUCUAUGUUUGGGCUCGCACACGUUUUCUACAUCUGGAUGUUUGGCACAAAACCUUUAAACCUGUUAGCAGGCUUUUUCCUUGUGGCUGUUGGCACCAUAUAUAUGCUGUUCCUCAACAGAUGUCUCUGGGAUCAAAAGCCCUUCCAAUGGGCAGCCUACAUCUACAUCACAUUAAUUGGAACUAUGGCCUGGCGUGCUAGUGCUGGCACACUCUUCAAUCAGCACUGGUCUUGCAUCAAAUUAUUUGCCACAAUUGGAGGAAUGCUUUUUAUAGUAUCUGAUUUCACUUAUGCUGUGAGCAUGUACUGCUUUCCCUUGUAUAACACUGGAAUUAUUGCAGCUACCUAUUAUACGGCACAGAUGUUUAUCACACUUUCAGUUGUAAAGACUAAGAAUAAGGUGAUCAAAAACCAAAAAAAGAGCAACUUGCCAUUGUCUUAAAUGAUGACGAGUUGACAAAUUCUGUAUAUGUCUUUCUGCACCUAAUAAGAUAUUGAGGUAAUGCCCACAGGAAAUAAAGGUCAAUUGUUUUCAAUGAAACAAAGACAUAGGCCAUAUUUUUGUCCUCACUUCCCCUUCUUUUACCUCAAACUCUCAAAAUUCAAAGGAAACAAAACAAUUUCCUCCAAAAUUUUGACUUCUGUUGCAUGUAGAACAUUCAUGUCACAUUGCUCUGACUGGAAUUCUGCAACACAGAGGAAGUAUUUUCCAUCAAACAUGAUUACACUGAAUUCACAGAACAAAACAAGCCAUUUGCCCAAAUGCAACUCUACCACCGUUUCAAGCAGUGAAUUCCAGAUAUCUGCAACCCUCUGGGCUAAAAUCAUUCCCUUCUAAACCUCCUGCUCCAUACUUUCAGACUGUUACCCUGGUUAGGGAGCCCUCUACUGAGGGGAAAUGUUUCUCCUUCUCUAUCCUAUCAAUGCCUCUGAGAAAAAGAAAACAAGGUGCGGAGCUGGAUGAACACAGCAGGCCAAGCAGCAGGAAAGCUGACGUUUCAGGCCUAGACCCUUCUUCAAGAUCUAGACCCUACUAUCUCCAAUGCCUCUGAGAACUUUGUGCACUUCAAUCAGAUGCCUCCCCCUCAGUAAUCUCUGUUCCAAGAAAAUAAAAAUGCCUGUAUAUAGUCUCUCUUCACAGCUGAAUUGCUCUAGCUCAGCCACCAUCUGAAUGAAUCUCCUCUGCACCCUCUUUUCAGCAAUCAUGUGCUAUUGUCUGGUGACCGUAGUGGUGACUAUAUUACAGUGUGGUGACCAUAACUUGCUUGCUCUUGUAUCCUUUGAGAAAAUGUUAGAACAGGCCAUUUGUAUAAGUUCAAGACAAUCAGGCACAGCCAGCACGAUUUGCCAAAGGAAAAUUAUGUUUAACUUAUUUAAAUGAGUUCUUUGAAUGAAUAAAUUAUGCUACAGAUAAAGGAAAACCAGUGAAUGCAUUGUAUUUAGAUUUCGGAAGGCAUUUGGUAAGGCACCAAAUCAAGGUUAUUGAGGAAAAUAAAAGUUCAUGGUGUUUGUGGUAACAAAUGGGCAUGGAUGGAAGGUUGGCAGGCGAACAGGAAACAGACAGUAGGGAAAAGUGGGUCUUUUUCAGGAUGGCAGGAUGUCACAAAGUGUGUGCCAGAGGAGUCAGUGCUGAGGCCUCAACUAUUUUAUAUAUAGUGCAAUGAUUUAGAUGAAGGGACCAAAUAUACAGUAACUAAAUAUGCUGAUAAGAAAGACAGGUAGGAUAGGUUGUGAAGAAAACAUAAGCAGCCCACAAGGGAUACAGAUAGCCCAAGUGAGUGGGCAAAGAUCUGGCAAAUGGAACAAAAUGUAAGAAUGUGUGCAAUUGUCCCUUUUGGCAGCAAGAAUAUAAAAAAAGGUGUAUGAUAUAAAUUGUGAGAGAGUGCAGAGCUCUGAGAUGCAGGGAGAUUUGGAUGUCCUAAUCCAUGAAUUGCACAGGGUUAUAUGCAGGUACAGCAAGUAAUCAGGAAAACUAAUAUAAUGUUAUGGUUUAUUGUAAAGGGAAUUAAAUGCAAGAGGGAGGUUGUGCUUCCGUUACACAGGGCAUUGACAAGACAUGUCUGACGUACUGUGUAGAUUCACUUGUAUAUACAUCGCCAUACUUAAAGGAUGUUAAUGUGCUGGAAGCAUUCAGAGAAUGUUUACAGGACUAAUAACUAGAAUGAAUAGAUUGCCUUAAAAGGAAGGGCUGCACAGGCUAGGCCUGUAUACUCUGAGUUUAGAAAAGUCAGAGAGAUUUUAUUGAAACAUAGAAGAUCCUAAGGGGACUUGGCACAUCAUGAAAGGAUGUUUCCUCUUGUGGGAGAAUCUAGAAUUCGAUGUCAUAGUUUAAAAAUCAGGGGGCAUCCAUUUAACUCACAGAUGAGGAAACAUUUUUCCUUUCAGAGGAUGGUGAGUCUUUGGGAUUCCCUUCCUCUAAAGUAAAUAGAGAUUCUUUCCAUUUUUUUUCAGAGGUAGAUAGAUUCUUCAUUACCAAGGAACUGAAAGAUUAAUCAGGGGGUGAAAUAACUCCACAGAGGCCGGUAGCCUUUCUCCAAGUCACCCUUUAUGAACAGUCCUUGACUUUAGUACUACCUCAUUCUGAGUCAGCUCUCGGAGUGUCAGAAUCUCUGACAAGCCUCUUUUGUCUCUGUCAGCCAGGGCUCCCUGACUGGAUCAGAUUAACUGCCGCAAACAGGGAACUCAGAUUCUUGGAGAUCCAUCUAGCUGACCUCAUUACAAUCAUUGCACUGAUAACACAAAUUAAAUGAUUUAAACACACAUUCUCAUUAAGCACAAAACAUCCUUUAUAAAUCGAAAAGAAACAAAAGCAUUUGUAUAAUAUCCAAACAUGACUCAUAUCAUGCUCACACCUGAGUCCAUCUAUCUAACACCUUGGUCAGUUCAGUCACUUGUGAUUUCAAUUUCAUUUUUCGUUCAUUGGUGAUUCGAUGCAGGUGAGGAUCACUCUGUUCCCCUCUCAGGGUGAGUCUGUAGGUGGCUGUACUGACCGAUGUGGCUACCGCAGGCUCUGUUACACUUGGGGCAGAAGGUUCUCGCAGGGAGGAAUGGGUGGGGUGUUUGUGCGGUGGUAUGCUCCUUUCGCUGUUUUUGUCUGGCUUCCACUUUUUCCCGAUGGCAAGUUUUGGGGUGCUCAAUGCCUUCCCUGACCAGGCUCCUCCUCCACUUUGGAUGGUCGUGGGCCAGUGAAUCCCAGGUGCCUGUGGGAAUGCCACACUUCUCUAGUGAGAUCUUGAAGGUAUCACUG